AUGCUGAGCGUCUGGUGGGGAGUUCAUGGAAUCUACCGUUUUGAACUGCUGCGGGACAACACGAAAGUUGCUGCCGAAGUCUACUGUGCUCAACUGCAAAGGCUGACCGACAAGAUCCGCAAUAAACACCCGAAGCUCGACAACCAUCACCUGGAGGAGAACUGCUACGGUGAUAGUGACCACCUCGAGAAUGAUUUUCGGGCUUUCUUCGCCUCCAAAUCGCCGGAGUUCUACGCCAAAGGAAUCCGUGAUCUUGUGAGACGUUGGCAGAAGGUGGUCGAUGCUGAUGGAGGCUCUGAAGAAGGUGACGGCGCCGAAACGUUAGCCAGAAUAAAAAUCAAUAACAAUCCUGGCUCUGAUUAA